AUGUGCUUUGGUCUGUCAGAAGUGAGUAAACAUCGAUUGAUCAUAGUGGACUAUGGCUUAGCUAGACGGUUUCGGAAUGCAAAUGGUCAGUUGAGGCCGUUGCGUGAGGGUUGUGGAUUUCGGGGAACGACCAUCUAUGCAUCGUUACGAUCACAUGAAGGCAUGGAUUUGGGACCGGCUGAUGAUCUGAUAAGUCUUUAUUACUCAGGCAUUGAAAUGGUUCGUGGAGCAGUACCCUGGAAACAUGCGCUACAUACGGCUGAAGUUAAAUUGUCGAAGUUCCGUAUGGUU